AUGGCUGUUAAUGCUCCAGACUCUCCUACACAGGCAGAAGUGAUCUUUGUGAUAGAAGCAACAUCGGCUAAUAGCGCGUAUAUAAAUGAAUUGAAAAUUAAUUAUAUCGUUCCAACACUAGAAUAUUUUCACGGUGGUGCACUAGAAGAGGGUGUGGGAAGUGGGUCAGUGUAUGGCAUAGUGACAUACUUAGCAGCCGACUGCCAUCCUGGACUACCUGUCUCCACAUAUGGCCCUUUCACCUGCCCACAGACUGUUGUAGACACUGUUGAUAAAUUACAAUUCAUAGGAGGUCACGCAGAGAGUCGAGCAUGUGUAACGGAAGCACUAACAACGGCACUGGCCUGUUUAGAAGAGCUUGGCCGUUCUGACAUUCCACUACACGUUAUACUGCUAUGUUGUUCGCCACCGUACUCAGCCAAUGCAGGAGGAUUGGUACCACCGGGAGCGCCAGCAACGGUAGAGCAGGCGGCUCGGUUAGUGGGCGAGCGCGGGGCACAGUUGUCGGUAGCGGCAGCGAAAAAGUUACCAGCCUUGCUGGCUCUCUAUGAGCACGCGGGUGGAGAACUGCACGCCGCACAGCAGAGGAAUUAUGCUAAGGACCCGCGGCACCUGGUGCUGCUGCGCGGCUACAGCCUCAAGGAGCGGCCCCCCAGCCCCGCGCCCCCGCCCGCGCCUGACCAGACCGAUGUGUACAGUUGUGCCACUCGUGGCCCGGGCCCCCCCGCCCGUGCUCCCGCGGGCCCCCCGGCGGUGCUGUUCCCCCGCGCCGCCACCCCCGGCCAGGUUAAGAGCAACUGGUUGGCCCCCCCAAGACAACCCCCCUACGCGAACUCUGCACUUUUGACACAACUGGCACAGCCCUCGAACCCACCCCCGCCGACACAGGCGAGUAUGCAGCGCAUGACACUCGCACAAGCGCAGGCGGCGGCUCAGGCACAAGCACAAGCUCAGGCACAGGCUCAGGCACAGGCUCAAGCACAGGCUCAGGCACAGGCUCAGGCACAAGCUCAGGCACAGGCUCAGGCACAGGCUCAGGCUCAGGCGGGUCCGUCAUCAGGAGUGUUCGCUGGUGGUGCCCAGCGGACGUAUAUAUGGAGCGGUCUGCUCGAGUGGAUGGAGAAAGGGAAGACGCCUGGAGACCAGCAGAAGGUCAUCAAGCAUUUGCCAUGCCAAGUAUCCGCAAACUCAAAAGAUAUAGAACCUGAACUAAAAGUUGACACGUGGCCCAGCAAGCUAUUGAUGCAGCUGAUGCCCAAACAUUUGAUUAGCAACAUCGGAGGACAAUACUUGAAGGACAGCAAGUCAGUGCUAUUCCACUUGCAACAAAAUGAAGCACUCGAUGCACUUACCAAAGUCAUGGUUAAUGGAUUUGCGGGCUGUGUUCACUUUUCACCUAUGUCAUCACCCCCACUGUGUGACAUCAAGGUGUUGAUACUGCUGUACACGCCAGACAAGAAAGCCUACCUCGGCUUCAUACCGAACAAUCAGGCUACGUUUGUAGACCGACUGAGAAAGGUGAUUCAACAGCAAAAAAUGAACAAACAGUCGCCAGCACCUGGAAAUGCUACUCCUGGACAACCUGCCACUAUGACAGCGCCCGGUCUGGGGAGCGGGAUGCCCCCAGGGAUAGGUAUGGGCGGUGGGGGCCUCGCCGGAGCCCUGUCGUCUGUACCAUCGAUGUCGAAUCAACAGGCUCAACAACAUCCACAGGGUAUGAUGAUGGGCGGUGGUAUGGGAGGACAAGUCGGUCAAGUGAACCAAGUCGGACAAGUUGGGCAGCUUGGGGGUAAGGGUCCGCGCGCUGCGCCGCUGGAUGGACUGGAGGCUGCGCGACAGCAGAACCUGGAGAAGAUUCAGCACCUGCAGCAGACGCUGGAGGCGGCGCACCAGCAGGAGGCGCAGUUCAAGUCGCAGAUGGACAUUAUGUCGCGCCUGCAUGCAGCACAGCAGCAGGAGCAGCACUACAAACAGCUGGAGGAACAGCAAAGAAAAACACAGAUGCAAGCGCAAUUACUACGUGGCGCUGGUGCCCGUUUAGUGAGACCGAUGUUACCUGCAAAUCCUGGCCUCAGGCAUCUUUUACAGCAGCAGCCGCAGUACCGACCGGGCGGAGGGGCCGUGCGGCCGAAUACUCAAGUUCAACAAUUCGAUGACGUGUCCAACUACAACGAUUUUCUAUAAGAUUAAAAAAAAUAGUAAAAAUAAA